AUGGCAACCGCAAUUAGUCGGCUAGAGGUGCAAAGUUUGGGGAAAUUACCCUCUCAAACGGUAGUAAAUCCAAGAAAAAAUGCAAGUGCAAUCGUUUUGAGAAGUGGUAAAGAGGUUGAGAUUCCAGUAAAGGCACCCCCUACAUCGUCGAAGCAAGAAAAGAAGAAAAACGUCGUUACAGACAGGAACGUUCCCAAUGACGAUGGCGUACCUAAGCGUAAGUUUCCACCUCUUUUUGAUUAUAAACCAGUACCUCCUUUUCCUCAGGCUUUAGUAGAAUCUAGAAAAGAUGAGAAAAAUAAAGAUUUAUAUGAGACUUCUCGUAGAUACGAGGUAAAUAUUCCACUUUUAGAUGCUAUUAAACAAAUACCUCGUUAUGCUAAAUUCCUGAAAGAACUGUGUACAAUUAAGAGGAAACUGAAACUUGAAGGAUGUGAGAAGGUGAGAGUAGGGGAGAAUGUUUCUGUAGUUAUUCAAAGAAAACUCCCUACGAAGUGUAAAGAUCCAGGUAUGUUUACUAUCCCUUGUACGAUAGGUAACACUAGAAUUGAGAAGGCCAUGUUAGAUUUAGGAGCUUCUAUCAAUGUCAUGCCAUAUUCUAUAUAUGCUUCUUUGAAACUUGGACCUUUGAAUAAAACUGGUGUUGUGAUUCAAUUGGCUAAUAGAUAUAAUGCCUAUCCUAAGGGUGUAGCUGAGGAUGUUCUUGUGCAAGUUAAUGAUUUGGCCUUCCCUACUGAUUUCUACGUGCUUGAUAUGGAUAAUGGUGAUCCAAAUACUCCUAUUUUGUUAGGAAGACCAUUCUUUAAGACAUCCAAGACUAAGAUAGAUGUUCAUAGUGGCACACUCACCAUGGAAUUUGAUGCACAAGAAGUUUUUGAACUUGAUGGGAAAGAUGGAUGGAUUGGAAAUUUCCAUUAA